UAACCAAACCUCGGAUGGUUUCUCACAACUCUGAAGUGAUAAGCAGUUCGGAAAAUCCACUGGCGUUUUGACAUGCAGAAGUUUAUUCCGCGUCAAUCGUGUGGCUGCGCCGCUCGACGACUCGGUACUUGAUUAGCGGCGUCUUCAGUGACGUAAUGCUCGAUCGCUGGGCGCUCGACUGAAAGGCAAUUCAAACUCCCGGGCGCGCUGCACUACUGGGUUUCCUCUGCGCGGGCCGCCUUCUCAAACGCGGCGCUACCCUUGGCCCUUUAUGGCUUCUCAGGAGUACUCGCCUGUGGCGGCGGCAGUUGGUAUGGAUGAGAACUUCUUGUCGCUGGAUGACAUCCUGAUGUCACAGGAAAAGCUGACGAGUCGAGUCGAGACGGUUUUUCCUCGUCUGGGAUUUUUGGAAAAAAAUUCGGAAGAGACCGACAUCUCCGUGGGUACGAAGAUGGAAAUACCUCUCUGGCUGGUGAAGGGUCUUCAUGAUGGCAAGCGAAGAAUUGUGUCUGUGGAGCUGCCAAAGAUUUACAGAGAAGGCUGGCGCACCGUCUUUAGUGCUGAUCCCAACGUGGUGGAUCUCCAAAAGCUGGGGCCUUAUUAUUACAGUUUGGGUUUGCAGAUGCUACACUUUGACAGCCCAGAGAACCUAGAGAUUGCACAGACCCUCUUGCAGACUUAUGUUGGCCGCUUCCGGCGGAUCAUGGACUCUUCCCAGAAUGCUUACAAUGAGGAUGUGUCUGCACUUGUGGAAAAGCUGGAUGUGCUGGAGAGGAGCCUCUUUGGUGCUGGCCAGGCUGGUCUCAAUGGCUUCCAGUGCUGGGAAAAAGGACACGCCUCACGGAUCACAGCAUCCAGCCUGGUGAAGAACUACAGGAAGAGAAAGUUUGCAGAUUUGGAAGUCUGAGAAAAUGAUUCUGCCCACAACGACCUUUUUGAUAUAUUUAGCCUGUUUUGGUUGUGUGGCAGCUCAGUUUAAGAUGUCGGCCGCCACAGUCCACAGUGCGACUCCAGUACAGCCGAGCCCUUUGAACCCAGGACACAUUUCAGCCUUUUAACUCUUAAUAUUUAUUCUUUGUAUUUUUAAAAUCUGUUUAUUACAGUUUACUACUCUUUUGCAGGAUUGUGUGAAUGUGUGUGGAGUCCAGCUUGUUGGCUAAUUGUUUGCACUUUCAGUAAAUUUGGUAUUCAGAUUUGAGAAUU